CGAAAAUGUCGGUCCGAUUAGACGUAAUCAUCGUGGGUGCAGGGCUGUCGGGUCUCGCAGCUGCGAUACAGUGCGCACUUUCAGGUCAUUCUGUCACAGUGUUAGAGGCCACGAAGGAGCUUGCUGAGGUCGGCGCCGGUCUCCAGUUGACACCAAAUGCGACACGUCUGCUUCAACAAUGGUCCGUAUAUGAUACCAUUGGGGAUCAAGUGUGUGAGCCCACUACGCUCACAGUGUACAACUAUCGAGGCGAGGCUCUCGCACACGAGGAUAAUUUCGGCACAAACAUUCGUCGGAAAUAUGGCGCGCCGUUCUCAGACUGUCACCGCGUGGAUUUACAGCAAACUUUGGUAAGAAGAGCAAGAGAGCUAGGUGUGCACGUUGUGCUGGAUGCAAAGGUGAAUGGCAUGGACUUUGGCAGCGCUCCUGGCGACAGGGCACGUGUAAAAUCAUACCAAGGUCAAACUUACGAAGCUGAUCUCAUCGUCGGAGCUGAUGGGCUCUGGUCCUUUUGUCGGUCUACCAUGCUCGGACGCAAUGACCCUCCCUUACCAACUGGAGACCUUGCGUACCGUAUAGUCCUCAGCGUUGAUCAGAUCGGCGACCCCAAAUUGAAGGAGAUGGUGCAGACACCCGCAUGCCGAUUUUGGGCGGGACCUGAUGCGCACGCAGUAGCAUACAGUAUCCGCGGAGGGAACAUGUAUAAUGUCGUCCUGCUCGUCCCCGACGACCUGGAAGAAGGGGUGGCAAGGACGCAGGGUAAUUUGGAUGAGAUGAGGAGGCUGUUUGAGGGAUGGGAUCCCGUGUUAACUCAGCUGCUUGAAUGUGUCGACAGAGUGGACAAGUGGAAACUGAUGCACCGUGCCGAGAUGGACUCGUGGGUCAGCCCACAAAAUAACCUCGUACUAAUUGGCGACUCAUGUCACCCGAUGCUCCCUUAUCUUGCCCAGGGUGCCAACUCGUCCAUCGAAGACGGCGCAGUCUUGGGCUUGCUUCUCGCCCCAGAACACUACAAGUCAAGGUCACAACUACCGGAGACUUUACAGCUAUUCCAGCAAUUGCGAAAAGCAAGGAGUGAAAGUAUUGCGCGGGAAACAUUCAAGCAGCGAAAAGACUUUCAUCUACGUGAUGGACCAGAACAAGCAAUUCGUGACGCCACAAUGCUUGGGCAACUAGGCAAAAGUCCAGAAGGUGCAUUCCCGAGUCGCUGGACAUGCCCCGAGGUGCAACCUUGGCUGUACGGGUAUAACGCGACCGAAGAAGUCGCGGCUGCAAUGCGAGCUCGAACGUCGUGAUGGUGCGUUUUUUUUGGAGUGGCGCAUGGACGACGUGAACUCUGACCUCAUCGGUUGGUGUACAGGUAUCGCAGCGUGUUAUUUCCAUUGAGAGAAGGCCACCAGCACUAAAUAGUUGAGAGAUGAUGUUGCACCAGAAGCAUUAUGAAACGAUGUACAUGAGGAAUGCCGAGGCAUGUCGCAUGGCCGACAUGGGAAGCACUAGUAGCCCUACGCCACAGGGUCGCUAGAUCCCUAGCUAAUUUGCACAUUGAUCAUGUCAGGGAGUUGGUUGCUUGGUGCAUGAUGCCGUUUCAUACUUCCCAUGUACUUUCUCAAACAGCAUCCUCCAGAAAACGAAUAUCAAAGAGGAAAACAGCUUGGCUGCUGUGGAUCGAGGAACCGAUGAAUCGUGGGUUUUAUACCACGCAUAGAAUCUAGUCGUGCCUGUCAUGGACGAUAUUUAUGUCGCAAAUUUUGAAGGUAUAUUACGAUUCUUUAAUUCUCCG